AUGCUGGAGCUAUCGGGGGUGGUGGGGGUGGCGGUGGAGGCGGCGGAGGGAGUGGGGGUGGCGGUGGGAGUGGUGGCGGGGGUGGAGGUGUCGGCGGCAGCGGUGGAGGCGGAGGCGGCGGUGGCGGUAGCGGUGGGAGCGGAGGCAGCGGUGGUGGCGGAGGUGGAGGAGGCGGUGGUGGAGGAGGUGGAGCUGGUCAGGGUGGCGCUUCACAGCGGAGCGGCUCCGGUGGUGGUAGCUGCGUCGGGGUCCUGCCCCUUUAGGGGGGCAACGGCGCUGGAGGGGCUGGAGGGGGCGGUGGAGGUGGUGGUGGAGGCAAUGGAGGGGGAGGGGGUGGUGGUGGGAGUGGUGCCAGGGGUGGUGGCGGCGGCGGCAGCAGUGGAGGAGGCGGAGGCGGUGGAGGUGGCAGAGGGAGCGGAGGUGGCGGAGGUGGAGGAUGCGGUGGAGGCGGCGGUGGCGGCGGCGGCGGCGGUAGUGGAGCGGGUCCGCGCCACCAGGAGUGGAGUGGUGUGA